CCUUUAAAAUGUGUUUAUGUUAUUUACAAUGAGUCAAAUCAUCAUGUGUCAGCACCUUUACUGUUUUAUUACUAGAAACCCCGCUCAAUUUGAGCUGAUAAUGCUCUGGCCCGCCUGGUUGUUAAACCUGUCAUAUUCAUGUCAAAUUAUAAUUAUCAUCAUGUAUCAGCACAUCUAGUAUUUUAUUACUAGAAAACCUCUCAAUCGAGUUGAUCAUUUGUUUGUUAAAACAGUUUUAUUAGGUGUAAACUCACAGAAUGGCCUUCCAGAUUGUGAUAAUGUCUCCCUGUUCAUUUAAAACCCUCAGCACCUAGAUAGCAGAGCAGAUGAUUUUUACUUAAGAUGUAUUGUCAGUAUAUGUUCUUCCUGUUUUUAUAUUGCACACACUGUAAAGCCCGAGGCAAACUUCCCACUUGGACAAUUUAGUCUGUCCUAUAACAACAACAUUCCUAGCCUCCACUACAGCUUAGUCAUGUUGGAGAGAAUGGAAACCGAAAGUUAACCCAGGCAGACAGAGAGGGGGAAAACGAAACUUAAAAGAAGGGAGGGUGCAGAUCGGCUGAUGCUGAGCUUGUAUAUAAACAGUGAUCUGUUCCCACUUUGUCAGAGGUUCAAUCCUUUGCUGCUGUGCAUCAUAUUUGAACAUUUUCAACUGAAAUCUUCAAGGUUUUCCACAGGAAUUUACUCUCAAGUGUCAGAAGAGCUCUUCCAUCAUGGAGAUAAUCAUUACUAUGUUGAACGGAUCGUCCUGCUCACUGAUCGUGCAGCCUCAGCAGACUGUGGGAUUUCUGAAGCAGCUCAUCCAAGAGAAGCUGCAGAUUCCCAUUGAGAGGCAGAGGCUGGUGUUUGUGAACGGUCAGAGGACAGAUCUGAGCGACGACACCAAGACCAUCGGCUCCUACGGCCUGCAGUCUGGCUCCAGGUUGUCCCUGCUGGUGACCGAGCCGGUCUCCAUCCAGGUGUUCCUGAGGAACGAAAAGAACCAGCUGAGCACCUAUGACAUCACACCUGACGAGACGGUGAGCGACUUCAAGCACAGGGUGCAGUGCAGAGAGGGGGUGGCAGAGAGUCAACAGAGGCUCGUCUUCCAAAGCAGAGAGAUGACUGCAGGGAAACUGUCCGAUUACAACGUUCAAGCUUUGAGCACCAUUGACCUGCUGCUGCGUCUGAGAGGAGGCAGAGCAGGGAUUUAGUCAUUCCCAGAGACUGGGUCAACACCCCAAUACAUUCCAGCCUUUAAGUUAAAAGUCCAGUGUGUUAAGUUUAGUUAAAUGGAUUUCCAUUAGGCAGAAAUGGAAUAUAGAAUAAUUAUCAUCUUUUGCCUUUUACAGCAGGAGCUGGUUCUUCUCCAUGUUGGACCAUCAUGUUUUUAAUUGACAAACUUAAUACCUUAACCCCUACUGUAGGUUCUCCUACGUGCUUGAAUGGGAAGAGCAACCUCACUGAUCGACGUUGCAAUGUCCUACACACUGUACCUUUUAAGAUGUAUGUGUUUUAAAUAGUAUGCAUAAAAUAAAAGUUGAGAUUUUAUCCAUCAUAUAUCUUGGAAUAUCUAAUUUGCUUUGUACAAAAUCAUUUGGAAAACAUUGAUAAUAAUCAUCAAAUAACCUUAAAUGACCUGUAUGCAUUCCUAAAUGUGUCAUCCUCCAAAUGAAUUGCAUUUGUGAGGGCCUGAACAUACUCCAAAAUUAACAGACCUGCAACCGCGUCAAUCCUGGUGAAAAUGUACGCGUGGAAAAGGGUCAAAAAUUGGAAGUGGGUCCUACAGGAAGACCAAGCACCAAUGGUAUUUGAACAAACUUGUCCUCGAGCUUUGGUCCGAUCAUCUUGAAACUUGGUGGUCACUGUGAACCAGUUGAGGAUCUAAAGUUAUUGAAGGUUAUUUUUAAAUGUCGCAUGGCGUACGUGAUAGGGGACGCCAAAGUUGUAAUGUAUUAUUGUUAUUUGUUUUUGGCUAUAACCUGCAACUUUGUCAUGUACACAGCAUGACCAUAUUUUAUUUUGAUAAAAACUAUUUUAGUAGGUAAAGUUUGAUUUAUGUACCUUCAAUGUCUCAUUCAUGCAUUAAAAAAUGAAUUUUGGAAUGUACAUUAAACUGAGUUAAUAAUA